CAUAUUUCAAAUGUAACGGUUGACAUUAUGUACAGGUAGUCAAAACAAGUACUAGUAAAUACAAAACAAAAUUAUUUACGAAUGUGUAAUAUUUAUAUUAGGAUAAUAAAUAAUUUUAUUUUAAUCUUACAUAAAAUUCUUAAUUAUAAGGUAAAUUAGAUAAUAAAAAAAUCACGUUGUAUUGUUUUUAAUGAUGUAUUAACAAAAUGGCGACGUCCAAUGUCAAAUUGGAAAAAUGUGAAGUGUGUAGUGCAAAUAAAGCAAAAUAUACUUGCCCAAAAUGUGAGGUUAGAACGUGCUGUCUCGUAUGUGUAAAUAUUCAUAAAAAAGAACUUGAAUGCGAUGGAAUUCGAGAUAGAAUGAAGUUUAAACCAUUAUCUUCGUUUACUGAUUUAGAUCUCUUAAAUGAUUAUCGACUGCUUGAAGAAGUUGGUAGAUCAGUUGAUAAAUUUAAAAAGAAUCCACUAAAAAAAUGUACACGAAACAUCGAUUUACCUGUGCAUUUAAACAGACUAAGGAUCGGUGUUUACAAUAGGAAAGUUAAUUUCCAUUUCAUGCCACAACAUUUUACUAAACAUAAGAAGAAUACAACAUUUUUAAAAUGGAAAACGAAUGAACUAUUUUGGAGAAUAGAAUGGUUAUUUCCACAAGCAGAUAAUAUAAUACAGGUCACAGAAAGAGCCUUGGAAACAGUUCGUUUGUCAACUCUCUUAGAGCAAGUUUUAUAUCCUCUCAAUGCAAUGGAGGAGAAAAGUGAUAUUGAAAAACUAAAUUUAAAAUUAAGUUUAAAUGAUAAAUUACAAUUUUAUCAAGCUGCUGAUCUAAAUGGAUUAAAAGUUCUUCUGAAAGCUGAGAAGAUAACAAAGUCUGAUAUUAGAUUUCACGAAUUAGAUAUUACACUUACACUGAAGGAAAAUUUAGAAAACAAAACUAUAAUAGAAUUUCCAACAUUGUAUGUAGUCUUAAAAGAUCAUGUAGAUAUGUAUGAAAUUAUAGACACAGAUGAUGAAGAAAUUUAUCCUAAGAAAAACUGUGGACAAAAAAGGAGAUGGUCGUAUACAGAUAAAGAUAAAGGAGAAAUACAAGACAUAAAUAAACCUGUGAAUUAUUUUUUUAAUACUACUUCUAUAGAAUCUGAUGAUGAAGAGUUAGAUAUUGCAAAUAAUAUCGAACAAAAUACAGAAGAUAAAACCAGAAAAUGUAGUUUUAAUAUACCUAAUUAUGAUGAAUUGAUUAAAACAAACUAUAAGUAA